AUCACCACGUCCUACCUACUACUACGGGCUAUGGCGCCGCAGGAGCUUGCUGGGGAGCAGCUGAGCUCCAGCGCCCGCCGUGCACGCAUCUGGGAGGUAAGACGCUUCUGUCAGGUUUUACCCUCGGUGGUCGAGUACGAGCGCGGGAACGAGACGGCCCAUGCAAUUUACCCUAGCUCGAAGCCGAAUGGUGCACUGGCUGCUUUGCUGCGCGGCCUCAUAUACCAGCUGGACGUUGAUUUGGCCAUGGUGAGCUUGCUUGAUGAUCAUACCCAAUACUUUGUAUCUGGAGCGAGUCGCCACAAUGUACGAGAUGUGAAGAUCUCCAUGGAGUCGACCCAAUGGUAUGGGUGCGAAUCCGUCAUCCAUCAUGGUGGCCUUUGUGAACGGACCAUCACCCUGCAAAAUUGCCCCGGAAACAUGGCCUUUUACGAAGAGCUCGACAUGGCUCACAAUGAGAGAACUCGGAAUCUUCCUUUUGUCAAAGGCGACGUCGCCACGUUCAGACAUUAUGCCGGUGUUCCGUUGAAUCCCUAUGGUGGUCCAAACAUAGGCACAGUCUUCAUCUUUGGCGAAAAGCCCUCUGUGGCCACUCUCUCUGCUGGCAUCCGUUCCUACCUGACCGAGGCCGCCGACCAUAUCACGACGCAUCUCGAACAAGCUGUUGAAGCUUUGGAAGGAAAGAGGGCGUUGCGGUUUAAUCGCGGUGUUGCUUCUUUGUUGAAUAUGAGCUCUGGCAAUCUCAACUCCCGCAGUUUUCAAACUUCCUUCCUGGAUUCCGAAUGCGAACGGCCGCACUCAACGCCGAAUCUAUAUCGGGAUGGUUCCUCCUCAUACCUCUAUCAUCUGGCUGCGACCCUCCUCUGCGACGUGUUCGAAUUGGGUGGCGUUAAAAUUCAACGAGUGGGAGUGUCGCGAAGCAAUGUUGACGCUGAUGAACGCCGGGACAACAACUCUGAGGUCAUAGCCCAACACUUCGAGUCAAAAUCACAAGAUCCAGGCGACCCUCCCGAAGCACUGUUGAGACGGCUUUUGGAGUUGUUUCCGCAAGGUGUUGUUUUCCACAUCGCAGCAGAGUCAAGCGAGAUCACGACUGCAACAAUCGGGCAAAGUACGGCUAUCCAAGAUAACGACGACUUGUUUGUGGAGUUGUCAAACACCUUUCCAAAUGUCGAGCAAAUGAUCAUGAUGCCGCUGUGGGAGGCCCAUUACGAACGCAACAUUGGCGUAGUUUUGGGCUUUGUCAAUCGUCGGUCAGGUGUGCAUCUCAGCACGAAUGAUCUGUCAUCAUUGUCUGCGUUCUGCACAACGAUGAUGACACAAGUACAACGCUUCGAGGUACACGCAAUGGAUCAGAUCAAAUCAGACUUCCUCGGUUCGAUAUCCCACGAGAUGCGGACACCACUCCAUGGUAUCUUGUCAAGCCUUGAGCUCUUAGCCGAUACCCCUUGCGAUGAGUCCCAGCGCGAUUUACUCCAGAUAGCACAGUACAGUGGUUCGUCGUUACUCGACACCAUUGACCGUGUUCUUUACUUUAGCGGAGUUAGUUCCGAAACGCAGCUGUCAAGCGAACGUCCGGUCAAACAAUUGAGUGAACGGCUUGAACAAAAGUCGCGCUUCCUAUCCCAACAAACGGCAGCUCCUUAUCCCAAGGACGAGCUUUCAGGAGUUAUUCAUGUUUGCGAAUCAUAUCUUCGACAUGCGGUUGAAAGACUUCACUUGAAACGGUCCGUAAGGCCCGAGCUCUUUAAUACUAGUAAGAGUGCUGGUACCAUACAUAGCUCCCCUGCUCUUGUACUUGAAGAGCCUCUCAGCGUCGCUCCAUACCCUGUUAUAUUCUUCGACACUAAUGCCACUUGGUCUUACUGCCUCACUGAUACAGUCAAUUUCAAAACCUUGUAUACGAAUCUGCUGGACAAUGCUUUGAAGUUUGGUGAUCCGACUGGCUGCGUAUGUGUCUACUUGAACAUCAAUCAAAAUUUGACUAGACUAUCGUUCAGUGACACUGGCAAAGGGGUAGCUCCGGACUUCAUUCGUCAUGUCAUCCUUGAUCCGUUUUCGCAAGAAGAUCCCCUAAGCGAAGGGACCGGUCUUGGGCUUGCUAAUGCUAAGCAUGCUGUUGCUCAGCUUGGCGGGCGCAUGGCGAUUGACUCGGACGAAUCGAGGGGCUCCACCUUCGCUGUGACGUUUCCUUCGGACCAGAUAGCAUUCCAUCCACCGCAAAAGACCGCAGAUCCCGAGACUGUUGAACCGCAACCCGCAGUGCUCGAGUUGCCCCAGCUGGAGAUGAGUUUAUUCAUGCCGAGAAGGUGGGAAGUAGGAAACGAUCAGCGAGGUCGCCGGUGCGCUCAGUUGGCGCUAGACUCGCUCAUGCGAGGUGUAAGCCGAUGGUUCCAGACCAAGAGCACCAUUUGGAGACCUCCGAGCCCACUGCCUCGCUUACUUUUCAUCUUACUCGAGGAUCUACAUCAUGCCUUACAGGUUUUAGGAGACGAAGUCUACCAUAUUAACAUCGUUGUGCUUUGCCCGGACAUGGAGAAAAUUCCGAGCUUGCAGAAGAUACCAUUGCAGAAUGCUACAAUCAUUGUCGGUCCAGUGACUACUUCGAGCCUCGAGGAUGCGCUAACGCGCUUGUUUCCUGGAAUACUUCUGCCUUCGAAGUCCCAUCCUUCUUUUGACCAAGUAGCAAAAACCCAAGGAGACGGGCGGAAGUUGACCAAAGUUGAAGACAUCAUGACACUGUCGACUGGAGUCCAAGACAAUCACUUGCUGCCCGGAAUGCUAAGCGACUUGAAACUCGUGCGGGAAGAUCCAGACGAUAUUUCAAGUGGCCCCGCUCAGCAAAGUAUUUCUCCAAACCCCACAGUUUUACAAUCGCCCCAUGAAGUAUUAUCUGCAGCCCCCAAGACCCUGCAGACAGGUAUCAGAACAAGCAGCAACCAGGCUCAACCAUCAGCGUCGAUUUUAGAAAAGAACUCUGAAUCUAAUGCCACAAAAUUGAAAGAGCCAAAGCUACUACUUGUUGACGAUAACUCCAUCAACCUCAAAGUGCUUGUCAUGUUUGCACGCAAGUGUAGCACGAUACCCUCAAAAUCUGCCGGUAGUGGUCAGGAAGCCAUAGACGCAAUCAAUGAGGCUCUGGCUAGCGAGUCUGAUGAGCUGCCGAAAUACGAUCUAGUUUUUUUGGACCUGUCAAUGCCGGAGAUAUCCGGCUUCGACGUCGCAAGGAAGAUCCGUGAGCUCGAGGCAUGCUUGGAGCCAAUAUCACGCAUGUACAUAUGUGCACUCACUGGCCUUGUCAGCCUCAGCGAUCGCAAAAAGGCAUUCGAAGCGGGCGUUGAUGAUUACAUUUCUAAGCCGGCAAAACUGGAAGAUAUCAAGGCCGUUAUCAGCAAUUGGCGAAAUAGCCUAGCAGGUCAACAACAGUAUGGUUAA